CACAUUUCGUCUCCUGUUCUCUCUUCUCAGACAAACUUUGACUUCAAAUCAAAUUUCAAUCAACAAGAAUUUGCUUUGAAAACAUAAAGAAAAUACCUUUUUUGGGUUUCGAAAAUAGUGAGAUUUUGGGCUUUUAGAAGAAAAGUGGGAUGGGCUGUGCUGGAUCGACGCCGGCCAAAGGAGACGGGAAUGUGAAAAAGAUCCGGAAGCCAAAGCCCUGGAAACAUCCUCAGCCGAUAACCAAGUCUCAACUUGAGCAGAUGCGUGAAGAGUUUUGGGACACUGCACCUCAUUAUGGUGGUAGUAAAGAGAUCUGGGAUGCACUUAAAGCUGCUACUAAACAGGAUUUAACAUUUGCUCAAGCUAUUGUGGACAGUGCAGGGGUCAUAGUGCAAUCUGCCGAUUUAACUAUCUGCUACGAUGAAAGAGGUGCCAAGUAUGAACUACCAAAGUAUGUUUUGAGUGAGCCAACCAAUUUGAUCCGAGAGAUUUGAAAAUAGAGAGAAUACAGAGUGCAUUGCACACAAAGGUUUAAUGUAAAUCAUGUAUAUGAUUCUCUCAUCUUCUUCAAACCCCUUUAUGAACUUAGGGCCGCUCACUAAUGUUCCUUUUUAACUUGUGUUUACUUUCGAUGUUCACUAGGUUGCCGUAAGUUUCUCUGAUGAAAUGAUCAAAAGACAUAAACAUUGGUUUCAAUCAAGAUGUCACAGUUCUUCUC